AUGGCUUCAUAUGGGUCGCCUGUCACACCCACAUCGGCCAACGGAAAGGGGAGGGGACCCCCCGUGGUCAAGAUCAAGACGGGCAUCGUUCAUACCAAUACCGUGGAGACGAAGGACGGUCAGAAGGUCCGAGCCAGGAUCGACCCUUCACUUGCAACCUCCGAAGUUGUGCGCCAACUAUGUUUGAGCCUCAAGCUCGCUGAAACCUCCAAACUAUUUGCACUUCGAACGGAUACUGAUGAGCUUGUGACGGAUGACAACCUGAGUAGAGUCGUGAGGGACAAGACACCGCUCAAGUUGACCAACGCACCUGGUAUCGAUGCUGCCGAAAUCGUCUCGAAGUUGCAGAGCCGGGAUGAAGUGAAUGUUCGGCCAGCCCUGAGGGAAUUAAGGAAGUUCAUCAAGGAGGACGAGUUCCUGUUAGCCUUUCUCAACCGCGAUGGGCUGCGCCAACUCCUUGAUAUCAUUCAAGCAUAUCACGGGAACAUUCUUUCUGCAGCGCUCACCGCGAUGGACAACCUGAUGGAAUUAGACAGAGGCUGGGAAAACUUGCCAUCAACAUUCAUAACCCGAAUUGUUGCCAUUAUCACUACAGAGAAUUCCAUCAACGUCUCACGCCCUGCCAUCUCUAUUCUCAAGAAACUUGUCGAGGCUGAUCCUCGCCACAACCCGGCACCGGGUCCCAGCUCGUCACGAGGCACGUUCAGCAAAGGCAAGGCACCUCUGACUGUGUACAACUAUGGAUUCGACGUAGUAUACGAGCAGACUAGGGUUCGUCCCGCGUUCUUAGAGACCGUUGUGGACCGCCUUGCUAGCCCAGAAGCUACGACCGCCUUGAAUAGUCUUCGUCUUAUUAAUGCGCUGAUUGCAUCGGCGACCGAUGAACACUGGGAGGAUUUCAUUCGACAACUGGAACAAUUGAAUGUUCGGAAGAAAGUGAUUCGUUUAAUGGACAACAACCAUGGAGAUGAUCUCUCUUCCUCCAUUCUUGAUUUCCAGUCAAACAUUGCCCGUGUCACAUACCGGCGUAAGACGACACCCGUGGACACCGGCAAUGAAACUCAUCGGAUAAUGCUGAAUCAGAUUCUCCUUGCUGCCGAUCUGCCUGCGGGUGAUGCGGAAGGGGACAAAUGGUCAAGGCUAGGAUUUGACAGUGAUAAUAUGCCCGCUGAAUUUGCGAGGGUUGGCGUGUUAGGACUUGAAUGCAUGCAUGAUUUGGCUAUGCGCGAUCGUGAAGACUUCUCAAAGAUGAUUCUGGCACAAGCAAACCGUGACCCAGAAAGGCGCUGUCCUUUUGCCCAAGCAUCGAAUGAGGUUGUAGAGCUCCUGUCGGAACACUGGAAUAUAUUUUCUGGAUAUUCCACCUCAACGUCAUACCAACCGUUCCUCCUUGCAUUUCACAGAGUGCAUAAUCUCACUACGCGUUUCUUCCUCCGGAUGUGGAACGACAGUAUGGCGGCUGUGUACGACUUUCCCCGAGUAGCGGCGCUUGUUCGUAGCCAGGUAAAAGUCGCGCUGAAAAAUGAGAGCACUACGUCCUGGUUUGAAGUCGAACGCGAAAUGCUAGAGAGCGAGUAUCGUAAAGUCCGCGAUCGGCAGAUGAAGGAGCUUGAGCUCGAAGACGACCUGCUCAAUAAGGCUCCUAUUCGGAAAUUACGAGAGACUUUGUACAGUGAAUCACUCAACUUUGUACGAGACCAGCGCUUCCAAUGUCUUAUGGACGGUGCCUGGUUCGUCAACGCUGUCCCUCUUGUUACGGCACAGAAGGACAGACCACAGCGGGCAUGGAGGUUCCUACGCCUGGACAAGACGAAGAAGUAUCUCUAUUAUGUGGACAGCCCUGUAAAGAUGCAAAUCCGAGGCGGGCUGGAGGACCUACCAGAGCGCAUCGAGGUCUCACAGAUUGCAGACGUACAAUUGCACAGCGGUGCCUCCGCCCCAGGACUCCUUCCCAACUCCCAGUCCGACAUCCACCCGCUCAACGGACUGUCCGCACACCCACAUUCCUUUUCCCUCAUCAGCGCCCAGGGUUACAGUCUAGCAGAUCAAGUAGCCGACAGCGGGGCAACCUUCUGCGACUGGGUAGACGGUCUGAACAUGCUCCGGCGAGACGGCAGCGUAGUACGGAGAGAGACGCAGGAUAUGGUCACCGUACUCACGGAAAUCGGCCUGAAGAUAAAGCUGCUCGACCUUACGGGCGAGAAAGUCGAUAUACCUACGACGCUGGCGUACGAGCCUCCGCCGGACAACCUCGAGUUCUUCUUUGCUGAUUGAGGCUGUAUAAUCUCCUGUUGUGCUGACUUGUGGGCUGCUUCCCUGCUGGACUAAGUGGACGUGGUAAUCUUAAUGCCGUAUAUAAUUGUUAGUCGGGAUUGGGCAGUGCCUAAUAUUUUUAUUCUCACACUGCAAUGUUAUCCCUUUGCUCCGCG